AUGCUUGCUGAUCUCAUGUCUCCACUUGGUCUUCAUUAUUCUGCCUUUAUACCUGUUCUUCAAUCUCAAGGUACUGAUGAACAAAUUGCCAAAUGGGUGGAACCUGCUCAAAAACUUGCCAUUAUGGGUUGUUACGCUCAAACUGAAUUAGGGCAUGGUUCUAACGUACAAGGACUACGAACAACCGCAACAUUGGAUACUAAUACGGAUGAAUUUGUUAUUCAUAGUCCUGAUUUAACGGCAGCGAAAUGGUGGAUUGGAGGACUUGGUAUUGCCGCUACUCAUUGUGUUCUUCAGGCCCAAUUGGUGAUUGAUCAAAAGUCAUAUGGUCCUCAUAUCUUUGUUGUCCCUGUUAGAUCUCCUGUGGACCGUAAACCUCUCAAAGGCGUCACUGUUGGUGAUAUUGGACCUAAGGCUUAUGGUGGAUUUGCAACUGUGGAUAACGGAUUUGCACUCUUUGAUCAUGUUCGAAUCCCUCGUGAAAACAUGUUGAUGAGAUUUGCACAAGUGACAAGAGAUGGUCAGUAUAUUCGUCCGGUACACGACAAGUUAUCCUAUGGUAGUAUGGUGAAAUUACGAGUAGGCAUGGUGGCCGAUGCUGGAAUAAAACUUGGCAAGGCUGUGACAAUUGCUAUUCGAUAUAGUACAGUACGACGACAAUUCCAUGAUACAGCAAAAAAGGAUGGUAGCAAGAAGGAUGAACUUGAACAACAGGUGAUCAGCUAUUCUUCCAUCAAACAUCGACUUUUUCCCUUGAUUGCCGUGUCUUAUGCAUUACUCUUUGCUGGACAAUCUGUGGGAGCUGAUUUUCAAAAGAUGACCAAACAAUUACUGAAUCAAGAUGCAUCCAUGCUUCCUGAAAUGCAUAUCACUACAUGUUCUCUCAAGGUAUGGUGUACCCGUCGUGCUACGGAUGGUCAAGAAGAAUGUCGCAAAGCAAUGGGUGGUCAUGGUUACUCUCAAUUUAGUGGUGUGGGUCAAAUCUUUGCCAUGGCGGUACCUUCCAAUACAUAUGAAGGUGAUAAUUAUGUCCUAUGUCAACAAGUCGGUCGAUCUCUACUCAAACAACUCCAAACGAUCUCUUCUGGUAAAAAGGUAGAAACGCCCAACUCAUCUUAUCUCAACUUGUUGCUUUCCGAUACACCACAUACACCUUACAAAUUCAACGAUCCUUAUCACGAUAUUUUGGAUCCCAAAGUGCAACAACACAUCUACGGUUUACGUGCUGCUCGACUUGUGGCUGAUCUUGGACAACAACUGAAAGCUGGUCGCCCUUGGUCGGAUGUCAAUAUGGAAUGUUGGAAUAUUUGUUUUGCUCAUGCUGAAUAUAACCUGAUUAAACAGUUCAAUGAACGUGUUGCUUCGGUAUCUUCCACUACUCCUGUCUUGGCUGAACCUCUUACUCAACUUGCCAAUCUGGUAAGUUUCGAUUUUAAUUUUGUUUAA